AUGUAUCCCUCCGCCAACUGCUCCAGCCUGCCCCACAGAGACCUCCCCGCGCUGCUGGACUACCAGGAUCUGUGCAACCGAAGCCAGCAGGACACUGCCUUUAGCCACGUCGACCCCAAGGACUUGAACCUGACGGUGGAGCAGCUGCAGGACAAAUACCUGGGCCCCCGGAGAUCCAGCUUCUUCAUCCCAGUCUGCGCCACCUACCUGCUGAUCUUCAUGGUGGGGGCCAUCGGCAACACGCUGACCUGCCUGGUCAUCGUGCGCCACCGGUUCAUGAGGACGCCCACGAACUAUUACCUGUUCAGCCUGGCCGUCUCCGACCUGCUGGUGCUGCUGCUGGGCAUGCCUCUGGAGCUCUACGAGAUGUGGAGCAACUACCCCUUCCUCCUGGGCGCCGGGGGCUGCUACUUCAAGACGUUGCUCUUUGAGGCAGUCUGCUUCGCCUCCAUCCUCAACGUGACGGCACUGAGCGUGGAGCGCUACAUCGCUGUGGUCCACCCGCUCAGGGCCAAGUACGUGGUGACCAGGAAGCACGCCAAGCGGGUCAUUGUCACGGUCUGGGUGUUGUCCGUGCUCUGCUCCAUCCCCAACACCAGCCUGCAUGGUAUCCAGCCCCUCUAUGUGCCGGGCAGGGGGGUGGUGCCGGACUCGGCCAUCUGCACCCUGGUGAAACCCCGCCUGAUUUACAACCUCAUCAUCCAGAUCACCACCAUCCUCUUCUUCUUCCUGCCCAUGGGCACCAUCAGCAUCCUUUAUCUGCUCAUCGGGCUGCAGCUGAAGAAGGAGAAGAUGCUGCAAGCCCUGGAGGCCAAAUCGGGCGGGGACUGCGACUACCACAACAUCCGCGUCCAGCAGCAGAAGAUCAGGAGGAGGCAGGUGACUAAGAUGCUGUUCGUGCUGGUUGUCGUAUUCGGGAUCUGCUGGGCCCCCUUCCACACAGACCGGCUCGUCUGGAGCUUCGUCUCCCACUGGACGGGCCAGAUGCUGCACAUGUUCCAGUACGUCCACAUCCUCUCCGGGGUCUUCUUCUACCUGAGUUCAGCCGCCAACCCCAUCCUCUACAACCUGAUGUCCACACGCUUCCGGGAGAUGUUCAAGGAGGUGAUGUGCCACAGGCGCCUGAGGCGGCUGGGCUCCAGGAAGUACUCGCCCAGCGUCACCCGGGUCACCACCCGCAGCACGGUGUGCGAGCACCUGCCUGCUGGCAACGGGCUGCCCCUGUCCAACGUGGAGGAGGAGGAGAUGGGCAUGGAGGGGGAGGACGCCCUUAAGCAUGAGACGUCCUUCCCCUGA